UUGCCGGCCGCCGCCGGCUCCCUCCGGCCCGCGGUGCGGUGCGCGCCUGCGCCAGCCCUCGCCUCGGAGCAGCCAUGAUGGAAGGCCUGGACGACGGCCCCGACUUCCUCUCGGAGGAGGACCGCGGACUUAAAGCAAUAAAUGUAGAUCUUCAAAGUGAUGCUGCUCUGCAGGUGGACAUUUCUGAUGCUCUUAGUGAGAGAGAUAAAGUAAAAUUCACUGUUCACACAAAGAGUUCAUUGCCAAAUUUUAAACAAAACGAGUUUUCAGUUGUUCGACAACAUGAGGAAUUUAUCUGGCUUCACGAUUCCUUCGUUGAAAAUGAAGACUAUGCAGGUUACAUUAUCCCUCCAGCACCACCAAGACCUGAUUUUGAUGCCUCAAGGGAAAAAUUACAGAAACUUGGAGAAGGAGAAGGGUCUAUGACAAAGGAAGAAUUCACAAAGAUGAAACAGGAGCUGGAAGCUGAGUAUUUGGCAAUAUUCAAGAAGACCGUUGCGAUGCAUGAAGUGUUCCUGUGUCGUGUGGCAGCACAUCCUAUUUUGAGGAAAGAUUUAAAUUUCCAUGUCUUCCUGGAAUAUAAUCAAGAUUUGAGUGUGCGAGGAAAAAAUAAAAAAGAGAAACUUGAAGAUUUCUUUAAAAACAUGGUUAAAUCAGCAGAUGGAGUAAUUGUUUCUGGAGUAAAGGAUGUAGAUGAUUUCUUUGAGCAUGAACGAACAUUCCUUUUAGAAUAUCAUAACCGAGUUAAGGAUGCAUCUGCUAAAUCUGAUAGAAUGACAAGAUCCCACAAAAGUGCUGCAGACGAUUACAAUAGAAUUGGUUCUUCAUUAUAUGCUUUAGGAACUCAGGAUUCUACAGAUAUAUGCAAGUUUUUUCUUAAAGUUUCAGAACUUUUUGAUAAAACAAGAAAAAUAGAAGCACGAGUGUCAGCUGAUGAGGACCUCAAACUUUCUGACCUUUUAAAAUAUUACUUAAGAGAAUCUCAAGCUGCUAAGGAUCUCCUGUAUCGAAGAUCUAGGUCACUAGUGGAUUAUGAAAAUGCUAAUAAAGCACUGGAUAAAGCAAGAGCAAAAAAUAAAGAUGUUCUGCAGGCUGAAACGUCCCAACAAUUAUGUUGUCAGAAAUUUGAAAAAAUAUCUGAAUCUGCAAAACAAGAGCUUGUAGAUUUUAAGACAAGAAGAGUUGCUGCAUUCAGAAAAAAUUUAGUGGAACUGGCAGAGUUAGAACUGAAGCAUGCAAAGGUAGUAUCAUAUUAA